CCCACGCGGUCGGGAGCCGCCAGCUGCCGCUGCCCCGCCUGGGAGCCGAGAGUGUUGUUUUGCACAAGCUACAAGGGACGAUGGCACUUUCUCUUCAUUAGCUCAGUUGUUUCAUCAGACAUAAUGCUACUGAACAGCAUAUUGCUGUUCCACUGCUGCUAAGACUCGCGGGACAGCAGUAUCCCACGAGUGAACAAAACACCAUGGCAUCAAACUACCCUCCUCCAUUUGAUGACCCUGUGGAAGUGAGAGAGGGUUUUCUGUGUCCACUGUGCCUGAAGGAUCUGCAGUCUUUCUAUCAGCUUCAGUCUCACUAUGAAGAAGAACACUCAAGUGAGGACAGAGAUGUCAAAGGACAACUCAGAAAUCUAGUCCAAAAGGCCAAAAAAGCAAAGAAGAAGCUAUUGAAACGAGAAGGAGAUGACCGAACUGAUACUGGGGCUCAGGAGCGAUACGAGUCUUUCAGCUAUGGUGGAGUAGAUCCAUACAUGUGGGAGCCCCAAGAACUGGGUGCCAUGAGGAGCCAUCUUUCUGAUUUCAAGAAACACCGAGCAGCUAGGAUUGAUCAUUAUGUUGUUGAAGUCAAUAAAUUAAUAAUCAGGUUAGAGAAGCUUACGUCAUUUGACAGAACAAAUACAGAGUCAGCUAAAAUAAGAGCUAUAGAGAAGUCUGUUGUGCCUUGGGUCAAUGAUCAGGAUGUACCAUUCUGCCCAGACUGUGGCAACAAGUUCAGCAUUCGGAACAGACGUCACCACUGCCGCCUUUGUGGGUCUAUCAUGUGCAAGAAGUGUAUGGAGCUUGUCAGCCUUCCGUUGGCGAGCAAACUGACCAGUGCCAGCAAAGAGGCCCUGGCCUCUCAUACCAGUCCAAACUCCUCACCUAAUAGUAUCCAUGGUUCCCGUCGUGGCAGCAUUAGCAGCGUAAGCAGCGUGAGCUCAGUUCUGGAUGAGAAGGACGAUGACAGAAUCCGCUGCUGUAGGCACUGUAAAGACACCCUACUCAAAAGAGAGCAACAGAUUGAUGAGAAAGAAUACACACCGGAUAUUGUGAAACUCUAUGAGAAACUCCGACUUUGCAUGGAGAAGGUUGACCAGAAGGCUCCGGAAUACAUAAAGAUGGCAGAAUCAUUAAACGCUGGGGAGACAACCUACAAUCUUGAACAUGCUAAUGACCUGAGGGUGGAGGUGCAGAAAGUGUAUGAGUUAAUAGAUGCUUUAAGUAAGAAGAUUUUGACUCUAGGCUUGAAUGAAGAGCCUCAACCUCAUCCCAAAACUCUACAACUUCAGAGAAUGAUUAGAUACUCAGCUACCCUUUUUGUACAGGAAAAAUUGUUGGGUCUGAUGUCCCUGCCAACCAAAGACAAGUAUGAAGAACUGAAAGAGAAAAGAAAACAAGAGAUGGAUAGAAAACUGCACAUGGAAAGACAGGCAACACUUGAAACGCAGAGAAGACUGGAGGAAAAGCAGAAAGAUUUGGUUUCCCGAUCCACAGCUGCACCCAAUGGUGAGGUUCCUUAUCCAAAAAGAGGCACAGUAAAGAAAUCUGAAGGUUGGUUACCUAUAUCCAGCUUACCUCGCCAAAGGGAAAUAGCCGACCCACUUCUUCAGCAGAUUGACAAUAUUACAUCCUUUAUUAAGCAAGCAAAGGCAGCUAAUCGGUUAGAUGAGGUCCGUAUGUUGCAAGAGAACCUGCGACAGCUUCAAGAUGAAUAUGAUCAGCAGCAGACUCUGAAAGCUAUUGAGCUUUCUAAAAGGCAGGCAGAGGAGGAAGAGAUGCAGAGGGAGCAGCUUCAGGUCCUUCGUGAGAAGGAGUGGGAAAGGGAGCAACACAAAGCAAUGUCUCAACACUCAAGGACACGUUCUCUAGACUUCAGAGAAGUGAAGCAGCAGCAGCAUGAAUCUGGAAAAGAAAACCUGAACCAGAUAGCACAGUCUUUGGACUUAGAUACCACUCAGAUCAAAAGCAGCCCAAGUUCUAAAACACCGUCUCCAGAUGCUGUCCAGAAACAGGUACCUAAAGAGAAUUCAGUCUUCCCAAUCAAACCCAGAGAAGGCCCACAGUACAUCAGGGAGACAGAUCAAAAUCAGACACUAUUACUAAACCCUUUUGAAGAUGAGGCAGAUACUAGUCAAGUAGAAGAAGACCCUGCUAACACAUUGGCUAGAGACCGUUCUCAGGUGGUUUCUUUGCCCACCAAAGCCCUGCACAGCGAUAAAAAAGAAUAUAAUCCAUUUGAAGAUGAUGAGGAAGAUCAGCAAACAAAUGGGGCAACUGUUUAUGCUCCAAAUCCCUUUGAAGAUAAUGGAAAUCCAUUUCAAAAGUCUGUGAAUGAUCAGAAUUCUGGUAAUCCAUUUGAAGGGUUGUCUUCUACCAAUCCCUUUGAAGUUGAUGAUAAUAAAAUCUCAGGAGAGGACAUUAUAGAAGAAGAACUCCUUCUCCAACAGAUUGAUAAUAUCAAGGCUUAUAUUUUUGAUGCCAAACACAGCGGACGGAUGGAUGAGGUGGAGGUACUGACAGAGAACUUAAAAGAACUUAAGCGCACAUUAGCAAAGCAGAAAGAGAAAUCCAAGUGCUGA